AUGUCCUCGGACCUCGAAACCAAAAUCCGGCAGGCGGCCGUCCGCAACCGCGAGCUCCUCGCCGUGCUCGCGGACACAGACAACGCCAUCCCCGACCUCACCCAGCAGCGCCGGCUCAUCGCCGACCUGGACCACCAGCUCCAGCAGUCGGACAAGAACGUGCGCGCCCUCGACGCCCGGCGCAAGAAGGAGCUCAAGGACCACGAAAAGUACCGCGACAGCGUCAUGCGCCGCUUCGUCCACAAGGCCGUCGGCAAGCGCGACAAGUUCGACGAGAAGGCCGCCCGCGAGGAGCGCGAGUACUUUGACGUGCUGCAGGAAGAGCACCGCGAGAAGGAGAUCAACGGCAACCUGCGCCGCCAGCUCGACGACGCCCGCGAGGCCUCCCGGUCGCUCGAGGCCGAGGCCACCCGCCACGACAAGGCCCAGUGCGCCCUCGACUCGCUCUACGACUCCAUCUUCGCCGGCCCGACCCCGAAUCACCCGGACGAGGACGCCCGCGAGCGCGAGGCCGAGGACGCCCGCCGCGAGUACCACGACGCCCGCGGCAAGGCCGAGGCCGAGCAGCACGCCAUCCGCCUGCUCACCGACGCCGCGCGGCGCAUGGCCGACUCCCUGCGCAACAUGGACGACGCGCUGAGCCACUCGCGCAUGGACAUGUUCGGCGGCGGCACCAUGUCGGACAUGAUGGAGCGCAGCGCCCUGCAGCGCGCCGAGAGCGCCGCCCAGGAGGCCCGCAUGCUCGUCAUGCAGGCCCAGCGUAUGACCCCCUACGUCGGCGACCUGCCUGCCGUGAGCAUCAACCACGGCAGCCUCAUGGGCGACGUGCUCUUCGACAACAUCUUCUCCGAUAUGGCCUUCCACGACGAGAUCAAGCGGUCGCGCGCUUCUGUCGACCGCUGCGCCCAGGUGCUGGGCCGCUUCCUGCAAGAGACGCGGGCCCGCCACCAGGAGCUGACGUGGCGGCUCAAGAGCCUCGGCGAGAGGCUGGAGAGCACGCGAACGGCGCUGCAGAAGGAGAGGGAGCGGUUGUUUGAGCAGAUUACCGCCGGCGGCAGCGAGGUUGACGUCAAGGGCACCGCGGCGUCGAGUGCGACGCCGAUCGACUUGAAGCAGUGA